AUGAAGCGUGAGGACGCGUCAGCAUCCCCUACUGCUGCCGACGAGCAGAAGCAGCAGCAACAGCAGCAGCAGCAGCAGCAGCAGCAGCAGGGGUCCUCCCCUGAGGAUAAUGAUAUAAAGGCACAAAGGGAGGCACGUAAGAAAGCAAAAGAAGCAGAAAAAGCAGCAAAAGAAGCAGCAAAAGCAGCAAGAAAAAAGGCACUAGAGGAGGCGAGUGCAGCACAGAAUGUGAUUGCUGAGGAUUGGGAGAAAUGUGACUUUGGAUACUAUCCUAUGAUGAGCAGCAGCAGCAGCAGCAGCAGCAGCAGCAGCAAGAGAGAGUUUGUAUCCCUGCAGCAGCUAAAAGAAAAAGAAGGACAAAAUAUUUGGCAGCAGCAACAACAGCAGCAACAGCAGCAGCAGGAGGAGAAGGAGAAGGUACAACAACAACAACAGCAGCAGCAGCAGCAGGAGCAGCAGCAGGAACAACAAAUGGUCUCCUUACAGGUGUUACACAGCAGCAGCACGAAUUGCAUGCAAUAA